AGGCCUAUCGACACCUGCAGGACCUGCCACUGCCUCCUAUGGACAGAGUGAAACCACUGCUGCUUAUUGGGUCAGACAUGCCUCAUCUCCUGACACCUGUUCAGCCCAUAUGCAAAGGCCCAGUAGGGGGACCCAUUGCUGUUCAUACACAACUUGGAUGGUCUCUCCAAGGCCCGAUGAGUCCCAUGCAGCCCUCAAGGGGAAAUCAGCAGUGCCUCCACAUAAUGACAUCUCCAAACCGUGAUGACCUGAUUCAACAUGUGGAAAGACUCUGGCAAGUUGAUACACUCCCAUACAAUACUAAGGUGAUUACACGGUCCAAACAGGACAAAGAGGCUUACACCUUGCUUCAAAAUGCCACUAUAAGAGUGACAGUGGACCAUGUACAACGAUAUGCUACCCCAUUGCUGAGAAAAACCCCCCUGAGCUUACUCCAUGCAGACCAAACUGCGGUUCUCCCCAUUUUACGCCGCACAGAGCGCAGACUGUCACGGGAUCCAGAAAAGGCUAAAGUUUACUGCAGUGAGAUCCGUAAGUUAGAGUCAGCGGGUUAUGUGGCAAAGAUAAGUGCAGAGGAAGCGGAUCAAAGUACAGAGUCUUGGUUCAUUCCGCACCACAUGGUGCACCACAAUGGUAAAGACAGAAUUGUUUUCAACUGCUCCUUCCAACAUCAAGGACAGUCUUUGAAUGAUCAGCUGCUGCCAGGGCCAACUUUGGGACCAUCCUUACUAGGUGUCCUCCUGAGAUUCCGCCAGCACACUGUUGCUAUCAGUGGGGACAUCAAAGGUAUGUUCCACCAAGUCCGCUUGCUGCCUGGGGACAAACCAAUACUGCGUUUCCUUUGGAGAGACAUGAACAGGGAAGCAGAACCUGAGAUAUACGAGUGGCAAGUGCUUCCAUUUGGCACUACAUGCAGCCCCUGUUGUGCCAUCCAUGCCCUCCAACAACAUGUCCAAGGGCACAAAGAUGAUAUGGCUGACUUAGUUGAUAUUGUGGAACAUUCAUUCUGUGUCGACAACUGCCUUCACAGUGUACCAACGACAAGUGAGGCUAAAGAGAAAGUGGAUGGGCUGCGCCAGAUCCUUUCUGAAGGGGGCUUUGAGAUUAGACAGUGGGCAUGCAAUGUGCCAUCUGUAACCCAACACCUACCUCCAGAGGCCAGGUCUGCAAACAGUGAGCGCUGGUUAACACAAAGCAGCAUGGAUCUUCAGGAACUCACUCUUGGUCUGCGGUGGGAUUGCAUAAGUGACACUCUGGGGUACAACUUGCGUUCUGUGGAGACUGCUGAGCCUACAAUGAGGAAUAUAUAUAAAACAUUGGCAAGUCAGUAUGACCCUUUGGGGUUCAUUAUCCCAUUCACUACCAGGGCCAAAGUCAUUAUUCAAGACCUCUGGAAGCACAAUCUUGGUUGGGACGACCCCAUAGAACUGUUGCAUUUGAGAGAAAGUUGGCUCACCUGGGUAGGAGAGCUCCCAAUUCUUCCCAAGUUGCAGUUCCCUCGAGCAUACACCCCAGUCUCUGCCGACAACCCAUCAGCCACCCGAGAGCUUCAUGUCUUUAGUGAUGCAUCGGAAAGGGCCUACGGUUCAGUGGCAUACCUACGCACCACAGAUGAUCAAGGACAGGUUACUCUUACCUUUGUCUUGGCCAGGUCUAGAGUAGCACCUCGCAAAUGCCUGUCAAUACCUCGUUUGGAGCUCUGUGCUGCCCUUACCGGCGCACAGUUGGGCAAGGUGAUCCAAACUGAGUUGACCAUACCUGUCCACAAAGUCACUUUCUGGUCUGACUCUACCACUGUGUUGUACUGGUUGACAUCUGAAUCAUGCCGCUACAAAGUGUUUGUAGGGACACGUGUGGCAGAGGUACAGACUUUAACAGAGAUGUCUGAAUGGAGGUACGUGGACUCAAAUCACAACCCAGCCGACCACAUCACACGAGGUCUUAGACUGACAGAAUUAACAGGCACUCAUCAGGUCCAGCCUUCCUGAAUCAGUCACCUGAUAAGUGGCCGUCAAUGCCCAAAACUGAAGAAGAGCCUGACUGCAAUGAAUUAAAGAAAUCUGCCUUUAUUGGCGCUGUUUCAUCACUUAGACAUUCUCUUCCAGAUCCAAGCCAAUUCCACUCAUGGCAAGAGCUCGUCCAGGCCACUGUUAGAUCCCUGCAUGGGGCGGCUACCACUGACACUGACCAUCCUACAGAGGCUUCUGAAUAUAUUGAAGCUGAAAAGCUACUUCUUGCACAGGCUCAAAUGGACUCCUUCCCUACUGAUGUUAGACAUUUAAAGGUCGGACAUCCUGUUCCACAAACCAGUCGCUUAGGCUCACUUGCCCCUGAAUAUGAUAACGGCACUGGUCUCAUUAGAGUGGGCGGACGGCUACGGCGUGCUAGUGACCUUGACCCAGAGGCCAUACAACCCAAUUGUAUUAGACCCUAGCCAUCCUAUCACCAAGCUGUUAAUUAAGGAGACAGAUCAACGACUCCUUCACCCUGGCUCAGAAAGGGUUCUAGCAGAGCUGCGCCGCCAGUAUUGGAUACUUCGAGGCCGAGAAGCAGUUCGUAAACACCAGCACAGCUGUCGAGACUGUCAGUACUGGCGCGCCAAACCUCAAAUCCCACGUCUGGCAGAUCUUCCUCCCUGCAGAUUAAAUCUGUAUAAGCCCCCCUUCUAUUCUACUGGCGUCGACUGCUUUGGCCCAUUCGCAGUCAAAAUUGGGCGCCGUCAAGAGAAAAGGUGGGGGAUUAUUUACAAAUGCUUAACGACACGUUGUGUGCAUCUGGAUCUGUUGGAGCAUAUGGACAGUGAUGCUUUUCUGCUCUCCCUGCGCCAUUUCAUAGCCCGACGCGGUAAGCCUAUGGAGCUGUUGUGCGACAAUGGCACCAACUUCGUUGGAGGUGAUCGGGAGUUACGGGAAUCCUUUGAAGCCAUGUCACCAAAGCUACAGGAACAGCUGGCAGAGCAGAAAAUUUGGUUUCGCCAUAACCCCCAAAUGCUCCUCACUUUGGGGGAACCUGGGAGCGUGAAAUAAAAUCAGUUAAGGCAGCACUCCGUGUGAUCCUCAGAGAGCAGUCGGUGCCGGAAUCAGUACUGCAAACCCUUCUGGUAGAAAUUGAAAGCAUCCUAAACUCCAAGCCCCUCGGCUAUGUAUCCUCGGAUAUUGCGGAUGUGGACCCUGUGACUCCAAAUCUACUACUUAUGGGUCAUCGAGAUGCAUCGCUGCCUCAGGUCUUGUAUGACUCUAACAACCUGCUUGGAAAACGAAGGUGGAGACAUAGCCAAGUGCUGGCUGAUUGUUUCUGGGCUGCCUUUAUCCGCCGAUACCUCCCAGACAUGCAGGGACGUCAAAAGUGGACCGCCGAGGGCAGGGAACUGACAGUAGGGCAGGUCGUACUUGUUGCAGAUCCACAACUACCACGCUCACUCUGGCCUGUAGGAACCAUAACAGAGACCUUACCUGGAGCUGAUGGUAGAAUUCGUGUUGUCAGAGUCCAGGUUAAAGACAAAACUUACACUCGUCCAGUUGUGCGAUUAAUCCCUCUUCCUCAUCUUGAGGAUAAUGACACGAGCACCCCCGAUAGACUUUCUUAAAGUGUUUAAUUAUCUUGCCAGAUAAUUGGGGCGGCUGUGUCAGAAAGCCUAUUCAGGAACUAGGAACCGAAGUUCAAUUCACGUUUCCUAGAGGGACACUUUAUUACCGUUACCUGCCAGUGAAGAUCGCUGUCUGUCUUUGUUUAUGCUGCUGCUAUGUUCCUGUAAUGUGUUCAUAUAAUACAAAACACAUCUAAAUUCAUAGCAGAUGCAUAUAUUGGAUUAAAUAAAUGUCUCAAUCUAAAGACUUCUCCUGCUCUCCUGAUUCUCUGACCGGAAUCUGGUCCAUACUUGGCCGCCUCAACCAGUUGUAAUUUGAAUGUAGUAAGGUUUACUACAAAUAUAUUAUAGUCUA